GCCAAUCAGAGCGCUGGAGCCUCCCUCCGAGACUCCACUAUUGAGUCUAUAACCGGCUGGCCGGGCGGAGCUGGCAGCAUUUGACUGUGGCUUGGGACGCGACGAGAGGCGCGCAGCGACCGCCCGAAGGCCUGCCAUGGUCUAGGCGCCCCUCGACCUCCCCUCCCCCGAGACCCUGCGGGCCCUCCCCUCGGCUCCCCAACGCACACCCCUGCCUCGUCUCCUGCGCCUCCUCCGCGCCCCUGCCGGCUUCGGCUCGGCGGCCCAGGCCAGCCCCAGGACUCGCGGCGCCCGCCAGGAUGAGUGGCUCCUUCGAUCGCAAGCUCAGCAGCAUCCUCACCGACAUCUCCAGCUCGCUAAGCUGCCAUGCAGGCUCCAAGGACUCGCCCACCCUGCCCGAGUCCUCUGUCACUGAUCUGGGCUACUACAGCGCUCCCCAGCACGACUACUACUCGGGCCAGCCCUACGGCCAGACCGUGAACCCCUACACCUACCACCACCAGUUCAAUCUCAACGGGCUUGCGGGCACGGGCGCUUACUCGCCCAAGUCGGAAUAUACUUAUGGAGCCUCCUACCGGCAAUACGGGGCGUACCGGGAGCAGCCACUGCCCGCCCAGGAUCCAGGUGAGACCUUGGAAGGUUCCCCCAGGGAGAGAAAGGCGGGGAAGUGAAGCCCACAUCUAGGG